AUGUUGCCUCUAGUUCAGAUGCACCAUGCGGUGCAACAAGCGCCAAACCUCGAUCCCCUCCCGACCUUCCAGCAGUCGCAGCACCACCACCACCAACACCAGUCAGAAGACUACCCUCCACACCAGCAUAACUACCAUCUCCUCCCUCACUUCAACACGUCUACUUUUAAUCAGAAUUUACGCUUCCUUUCUACGGACCCGGCCAACGCUCUUUUCUCUGACGGCAAGACGCCACGUUCCUUUCCGAUCCGGACUGCUCACGGAAAUCAAUCCGUUCAGCGCCGUACGACGACAGCGGGCCAGUUACAUAUUCUUGAUGGACCGGAACACCAGUUACGACGCAAGACACCAAAUGGCACUAUUGACGCCGGCUAUGAUGGCUCUCAUGCUCAAUAUGCCUCGAGGCCUCCACCCCUGAAGCAAAUGGUGCUUCCGGCCGUACCAAUGGCGUAUGGCGGGAAUCACCCUCAUCAGACCACAGAUCAGGUCCGCACUUCUUUGCCCGUCCGUGAUCAUGCGGGUGGCAGUUUGAACACAACGCCUCCAACGUACCAACCAUGGCCUAUUGCACGGGACUUGACGCACCAGUCGAUGCACUCUACCGUUUCUUCAGCUUCCUCGCAGUAUGGAUUCAACACAUCGAAUACGGCUGCGCUGUUUGGCUCUACGUCCCAACUUCAUCCACGGCCCACGCUGUUCAACACCAGUUCUUACCUCCCGGGGAUUUCAAUUCCAGAAAACGUCGGAGCUAGGAUUCCGAGACUACUACAAGUGCCAAAUCCGUGGUUUCUGGCUCACCAGCAAGGGCAGAGCUAUGUUGGCCCGCCGAUGCAUAACACCCCGUCUCCAUCACCAUCAAUGUAUGACCAUCGUUACUCCAAAGUGCAUAAUCAGAUGCCAGGACCAUCCGCUCACUUCACUCCACCGGACCCCUACUCUCACCUCUCGUCAUACGGAUCGGGCUUUCUUCAACCCGCACAAUGCCAUUUGGAGGCGCUCACUCUAGAACCACACCAAGCUGCCAGCGCUGGUGAUUCCUUGGCCAAGGCAAAUCCAUCCGGGUUUAGAGAAAAAGUGCUGGCUGAAGCACACCGAAGCUAUGUUGAUUUGCUCGCAUUCUUGCACCAUGGACGCAAAACUCAACAAUUGAGGCCCGGUUCAGCCCUGAGCACUACCUCAAGGAUGGUGGUAUAUCCAAAACCGCCCAAACAGCCCAUCGUCGCCUUGACCCCGGACCUCUUUUUUCCGGGAGACGCAGCCAUGAUGGUAAACGCAAACCUCAGGAAUAGCCAUGACAGCAUGCAGUUCGGGUCACUGGGAGAUAAGUCGCCACUCUCAGCGCAACACAGAGGCUGGGAUGGAGUAACGGAUUUUCGGAAUGGCAAUUUCCCCGUCGUAAAUUCAUGUGGCCCUUUGUAUUCGAUUCAGAUUUCGAGAGGCUCACCUCCAGCCAACGCCAAAAGCUCAUUAGAAAUUCUCAGCCAUCUGUGCGAGCAAAGCGGAUGGAAAUGGAUUGAUGGUGUUCUACUUGGAGGUUGCUUGCAUUACGGUCUGGAACACUUCGAGGAGGCCUUGGAAUGGUUUAACCGUAUCACGUCGCUGGAGCCCAACCACGUGGAAGCAGUGUCGAAUCAGGCGGCCACUUUGUAUUGCCUCAACAGACAAGACGAGGCGGAAAAAUCCUGGCUGAAAGCGAUCAAAACCCGACCGCAAUAUCUUGAAGCCGUGGAGCAUUUGGUCGGUCUAUUGUACAAGAAGAAGAGUGUCGACGCGGUCGAGGUAAUCAAUCUUGUUCAAAAGUCUCUCAGGUUGCCAAAGGGCCCAACAAGGGACGCUGGCUACACCACACCAGCCGCCCGAGGAGAUGUGUACUCGAAUUCGGCGUCCAAUUCGCUGGACGAGGCCCGGAACCAGCCUGGCUUUGGUUCGAGCGGUUAUGCCAUUCCAGGUACCGAGAAUGGUCGCAUCCUCGCACUAGUCCAUGCCAAAGGGACGAUGCUGUACAGUUUGAAAGACAUUGCAGGGGCGGCUGAAGCAUUUGAGGAAGCCGUCUUGAUCAGCGCAGGUAGAAGAACAGCAUCUGUUCAGACUUUGGUCCGACAGAUCCAGCAGGUUUUGGCACCAAACGGCGGCAGUCACCGCGUCAUUGACGGGACAACACCAUCUCGCCCAUUGUUACUACCUCCUGAACUGGCGAGGCGCACGGCGAAGCUGGUAUUUUCCAACAACGGCGACCUUCCAGGCCUGCGAUUUGUGCCUGAGGGCGGCCCUAAGCGAGCGGCGGUCCAAACUACGAGCAAUUCGCUACUAUCUCUCGCCAAGAUAUUCCAGGAUGCCAUUUCAUCCGGAUCGCCGGCUGCGGGACUAGUGAGGAAGUCUGCAGGCGUUGGUGAUAUUCUCUCCCUCUACUAUCUUUCGUUAUCACUUCAAGAGAGCCCGUCAACGGCAAAUAACGUAGGGAUUCUGCUUGCCAGCGUGCAGCAGCCCAUGGCAGCUAGCUCAAGCCAGACUUUGUCGUCCUUGCCCAGUAUUCCCGGCAUCACCCCUGGCAGCGGACUCGCUUUGGCUCUUGCGUACUAUAAUUACGGGCUUACACUGGAUCCGAAGCACGUUCACCUGCAUACCAAUCUCGGCAGCCUUCUCAAGGACAUUGGACAACUAGACCUCGCGAUACAGAUGUAUGAGCAGGCUGUUCAGUGCGAUGGAAACUUUGACAUUGCCCUGACGAACCUUGCAAAUGCCGUCAAGGAUCGUGGGCGUAUCAGCGACGCAAUCGCGUACUACAAACGGGCUGUUCAAUCCAAUCCAGAAUUUGCAGAAGCAGUGUGCGGGCUUUCUACGGCCUUGAACUCGGUUUGUGACUGGAGAGGCCGAGGCGGCGCAGUCCUGCAAGGAGGUACAUACGACCGCUGGCAUGUCGACAACGACGGCAUGUUUCUCGAUGCUACAAAGGAAGACCAAGGAUCCGGCCUAACGAAGAAGGUUGUCGACAUUGUGUCUCGCCAACUCGCUGACGCGUCAACCUGGGGCGUUGGUGUUCUGCAAGAGAAAGACAUCGCAGUGCUAGCUGCACAAUUGUGCUUGGCCGGUGGGCAGUCAAUAGACGCGAAUUCCGACUUCUCGACGAAGCUACGAAGCUGGUCCAAGAGUCCUUGGGAAGGUUCGCGUCUGUUGCGGCUCGUGGAGCGUGGUGCGCGGGCAGCGAUGCGACGAUGGUAUUGCGACAAGUAUGUCCGAGGCUCAAUGAAGUCAACUUCUGAUUACAAGCGUCCUCAGCUACCAUCCACCCUCGCUGUACCGUCCGCUCCAACAGUCUUACCUUUCCACACUUUUACUUGCCCCUUGACAGCUAAGGAUAUUCGCAUGAUAUCGCAACGCAAUGCCUUCAGGAUCUCCUGCUCAACACUUCGCUCUCCCUGGCUUCCGAAGACGGUCUAUCCCCCGCCCCCGCCGCCAUCGCCCCAUCUGAACGUUGGCUAUGUUUCUUCGGAUUUCAAUAACCAUCCCCUGGCUCACCUUAUGCAAUCCGUUUUUGGAUUUCACGAUACAACUCGCGUAAAAGCAUUCUGCUAUGCCACGACAGCGAGUGAUAAGUCUGUUCAUCGCCUGCAAAUUGAACGUGAAGCACCAGUGUUUCGAGAUGCCAGCACCUGGACUUCGGAUAAGCUAGUGGAACAAAUCGUCCAAGACGACAUUCACAUCCUUGUCAACCUGAAUGGCUACACUAGAGGUGCACGAAACGAAAUCUUUGCUGCAAGACCUGCUCCGAUCCAAAUGUCGUUUAUGGGCUUUGCUGGCAGUUUGGGUGCCGAGUGGUGUGACUAUCUACUUGCAGAUGCCACAGCCGUUCCGCCGGAAACACUACGCCCUUGGCGUGGCAACCUCUCUGUCGACGACAUUUUUGAGGACAAGACUGAAGAAGGCGAUGGAGGUUGGAUCUACUCGGAGAAUAUCGUGUUCUGCAAAGAUACUUUCUUUUGCUGCGACCAUGCACAAUCGAGCGACCCUGAUGAGCACAAAGUCUCGUGGGAAGAUGAGCAGCGUCGGCGGUGGAGCAUGCGGAAAGAGCUGUUUCCCAGCCUGCCCGAUGAUGCCAUUAUCAUGGGAAACUUCAACCAACUAUACAAGAUCGACCCUACAACGUUUCGGACGUGGCUACGCAUUCUGGCACAGGUUCCCAAGGCCGUUCUAUGGCUUUUACGGUUCCCUGAACUCGGGGAAACAAAUCUCCGGAGGACAGCGAGGGCCUGGGCCGGGGAAGAAGUUGCUAACCGGAUCAUCUUUACGGACGUGGCGCCGAAAAAUCAGCACAUAUCUCGAGCUCGCGUCUGCGAUUUAUUCCUCGACACUCCUGAAUGCAACGCACAUACCACGGCCGCGGAUGUUUUGUGGUCUAGCACACCUCUCCUGACACUACCACGAUAUCCCUACAAGAUGUGUUCGCGUAUGGCGGCAUCAAUUUUGAAGGGCGCGUUACCCAAAGGCCCCGAGGGUGCAGAGGCAGCGAAAGACCUCAUCGCUGGCAGCGAAGAGGAAUAUGAGCUGUUUGCCAUCAGACUAGCCAAUGACUUAUCUUAUCGAAUCAAUCGUGGUGGCUACGGCGAAGGCAAGGGUCGCUUGGCAGUCUUGCGCAAAACACUGUGGGACAGCAAAUGGACUUGUGCGCUUUUUGAUACCAGACGAUGGGUGAUUGAUCUCGAGAGGGCUUACGACGAAGCGUGGAGACGCUGGGUGGCAGGGCAGGACGGAGAUAUCUACUUAUAA